AUGUCGAAGAAGUCCUCAGCGCCAUUUGGUCUUCUUGUCCGUGGAAAAGACGUUAAGAUUCCACUGGAGAGUGUAGGAAUCUCAGGAGAGAUCAAAGGAUAUGUAGCGUGUUUGGAUACCACUCUUACUUAUCGUAACGGCUCUGAUGAUCCUCUGGAAGUGUCUUUUCGUUUCCCUGUGGAUGAGGGUGGGGCUGUAGUUGGUCUGGAAGCAAAGAUUGCUGGAAGGACAAUACGUGGAGUGGUACAAGAGAAAGAAGAAGCACGAGCUAAUUACGAUGAUGCCAUAGCAUCUGGACUGACUGCUGCAAUCGGUGAAGAGAAGACACAAGACAUAUUCAGCCUCUCUCUUGGCAACCUACCACCUAAAGGAGAAGCAGUCUUAGUACUCAAGCUAGUAGAAGAGUUACCACUGGAAGGAGAGUCAGUUAGAUUCUCAUUACCAAGUGUCUUGAAGCCUCGUUACACACCAUCUGGUUCUACUGACCCAUUAGCUCCUAUCCCUGCUACUGGUGGUAGCAGUGGAACAGGUCCAGCAAUAUCACAGUUUACAUUAACAGUGUCAAACAAUGACACUGUAUCAUCAGUCACCUCUCCUACUCAUAAUAUCAGUACUACCAUCAAUGAAGGAUCAACGGUCGUUAAUCUGAAGGAUCAAUAUCUAGUAAAGGAUCUUGUGUUGUUAAUCCAAUCAAAGGAUCCACACACUCCUCAUGCUACUGUGGAGGAAUCAUGUGGAGGAAGCAAUAGCCUUCUAUCCAGUCCUGCCGUUAUGCUGGACUUCUUUCCAAAGUUUGAGAGUCUUCAAGCAGCAUGUGAAUUUGUGUUUGUGGUCGAUCGCAGUGGAAGCAUGUCUGGGCAAUACAUUAACAGUGCUAAAGAGACUCUA